CCCGCCAACGCUUCGCUUGUAAACAAGAUCCUUCGUGCCUCGCAGCCAUGCCUCGCAACUACCAGCCCAAGAACAUCCUAACCACGGACUGGACCAACUUGGAGAAGGCCUUUAAUCACCGAGUUGAGACAGGCUGUAGUAUCCGCACUGCUAGCAACCUUUUUGGAGUGAAACCUUCGACUCUUGGGGAUGCUUUCACUCGGUCCCUCAAGGAGAGUGAUGGGAGGACGUUCGUGCCAAAGCAGCAGAACGUCAAGAAGGUUUUCACCGAUGCGCAGGAACUCUUAAUCGAGGAAUACUCGAUAAAGAUUGCGCGCAUGUUCUACGGCCUGCCGACGAGAGCUUUCAGGAGGAUGGUCCUGAAGUAUGCAGAGGCUGUUGGCAGCCCGGCUAUUCCUGAUGUCUGGAGGAGGGAAGGUAUGGCCACCCGUGACUGGUAUUACGGGUAUAUGUUCCGUCAUCCAAAGCUUGCACUGAAGGCUCCGGAGGGCAUGUCACUUUCGCUUUGCGCGCGAUAG